GGUGGAAGUGGGAUUGUGCGUAGGCUACGUCAUGUCCACGGAAAACGACUGACGAUCGAAAAAAAGAGCUCUCAUCUUUUGUAAAUACUGAAUGACUCGCCGAGCUGACUAUGGAUGCUUGUUCCUUGAUUGACUUUAAUAGUAUCGGGGCUACAGUCUAUCUGUCUAACUAAGAAUUCAUUGACGCGUUCUCCAAAUUCCAGUCGUGUUCCAAACGAGAGGGAUCUGAACGAUAGCCCAUUCUUAUACAUUGGCCUGGUAAGACGAUAACAAAAAUGUGUCUUUGUCGUUGAGCAUAACAGACAAAGUAAAACCAGUGUAUUUAGUUUCUACCAUUCAGGAUCAAAACAAAACAUUAUGCCAUUCCAUGUUAGUUGUUGAUGGUCGUAUAUUUUAGUUAAUGACAUGUUAAAAGCUGAUAAUGUUUCACUGUAGAUUGUAUCUCGUUUGAUUGGUCCAGGCAGAUGCCAGUCAAGCCUCUUUGUGCCUGCAUGGAUCCGGUUGUAGGCUUAACACAGCAGCAUGGGCAGCGCGCAUUCCAACCGGUCUAAAUAUAUCUGGUAGGGACGCAGUGGGGGAAGGAGAGGGCGACAGGGCUUAGCUUUGGAUAUUUAGGCUUCGUGGUUAAAACGAGAAAUUGACCUUCUGAAACUUAGUACAGUAACUUUUUUCACCAAGGAGGCGAAGUGGGACCAACCCAAAAUGCCCGCAAUUCCGAGUUCUAGGUCCAGGACGCGGGAUCGGAACAACGUCCUGAGCAGACCCGAGUUCAUGUCCCUGAACCAGCCCCUUUGGAGCGGCAACUCAGAGAGCCAGGGAAACUCAAGGCGACCUGGUCAACCCAAACACCAAGCAAACCUGCCGUGCGACCCGCAGGAACCUACUGACAAUGCCAACAAGGAUCGGAAAGAGCCCACGAAACUGCCAGAGGAGGACUGUAUCCAGCUGAACCCUUCCUUCAAGGGGAUAGCGAUGAGCUCCCUCCUCGCCAUUGACAUUUGUCUGUCCAAGCGCCUGGGGGUCUGCGCCUAUACGUCGUCGUCUUGGGGCACGGUUCGUUCCAUGGUCACCCUACUUGCGUUCACGGGGCACGGCAUCACGUGGAUCAUUGGCACUAUCGUGUGUUUGACAAGGAGUAAUACGCUGGCGGAACAAGAGGUCUUGGUCAAUCUAUUACUUGCCCUCCUGCUUGACGUCAUGACAGUGGCCGGAGUCCAGAAGCUGAUCAAACGCAAAGGACCCUGGGAGAUGAGUCCGGGAUUCCUGGACUACUGUGUCAUGGAUGUGUACUCCUUCCCAGCGGCCCACGCCAGCCGCGCCGCCAUGGUGUCCAAGUUCUUGCUUUCCCACCUGGUCCUGGCCGUCCCUCUUCGCAUCCUGCUGGUGCUCUGGGCCUUCCUGGUGGGCAUGUCCCGGGUGCUGUUGGGUAGACACCACCUGACCGACAUGGCGUGCGGCUUCGCCCUGGGCCUUCUGCACUUCAGCCUGGUGGAGACAGUGUGGCUGUCGUCCAGCACCUGUCAAACCCUCAUCUCUAUAGGGACCCUCAGCUGGAGCUCCUUCUACUGAACACAGGGCCAGGAGUUCUUCCUGAUGUGAUCUGAGUUUUCCCUGAUCAAGGCCUACUGUCAAAGGCUGCAUUAGACCUACGUAUAGGCUUUAUCUUGAUUUCCUUUCAAUUAUGUUUGUUGUAUUUUUCUGCUGGAAACUAUCAUUUGUUUAAACUACACAUUUUUGAGAAACAGGUGGACUGGACGCCAAAUGUGAAUAGA